AUGCCUCCUGCUCUGGGCCACCAUGCACUACCAGGUCUGAAGCCCAAGAAAGUACCAGCUCAUAUAGCAGUUCCUGACCUCGACCUUGACUUGCUUACUCGAUUCAGUUCUCUCGACAAGCUCGUUGGAGUGACAGCUUGCAUAAAACGCUUUAUUUUCAAUUGUAGACACAACUUAACUGAUAGGCGCUCUGGUCCCUUGACAGUUGGAGAACGUAGAGAUGCUAUGUUAUUCUGGGUUCGCUCUGUUCAACACUAUGAGUUUGCGGAAGAUAUUUACCGUCUUCAGGCAGGCAAGAUUUGUACCGUUCGACUUCAGCGUCUUUCACUCUUGAUGAAAGAUGAUCUCUUGAGAGUUGGUGGUCGCCUCACUCAUGCGCCAAUAAGAUACGAUGCUCAGCAUCCUCUCGUUCUGCCCAGCUCUAGCCCACUAGUUGAUCUCAUCAUAAACCACUAUCACAGAAUAAACUGUCAUCCUGGGGCUGACACAUUACACGCUAUCCUCCGUCAGCGGUUCUGGAUACUCUCAGCACGUCGUGUCAUCAGGCAUCGCGUGUACAAAUGCAUUAGAUGUUUCCGAUAUCGCGCUCAGGCCAGAGCUCCGUUGAUGGCUGAUUUGCCCGCAGACAGGGUCACACCCCAGCCAGUAUUUAGUCAGGUCUCAACAGAUUUUGCUGGCCCGUUUCUCAUUAAAUCUAGCACUUUACGUAACGCCAAACUCAUGAAGGCAUACUUUUGUAUCUUUGUUUGCUUAUCUACCAAGGCGGUUCACUUGGAGCUCGUUUCGUCGCUCAGCACUGAAGCGUUUCUUGCUGUAAUGCAACGGUUUGUAUCGCGUCGCGGUACUCCUACUCUUGUCCGUUCUGACUGUGGCACAAAUUAUGUAGGAGCUGGGAAUCAUCUCAUUGAGGUACAAGAUUUUCUCGCGCAAAAUAAUGACACAAUCACGCAUGGGCUCGCUGAUCGGCACAUGGCUUGGCUGCUCCAACCGCCCACGGGACCUUGGUUCGGGGGCCUUCACGAAAUUGCGGUCAAGAGCACUGGGAAGCUACUUUAUCAUGUUAUAGGUGAACAGCACCUCACGUUUAAAGAAUUUUCCACACUUUUAACUCGAGUCGAGGCAGUACUUAAUUCCAGACCUCUCUGCCCACUUUCGUCAGAUCCCUCCGAUUUUGAGCCACUAACAGCUGGCCACUUUCUUAUUGGCCGUCCACUCACCGCUCUCCCUGAGCCAUCUUUUGUUGAUAGGCCAUUAUCAGCUCUUAAGCGUUUUCAGCUCAUCCAAGCUCUCUCUCAGCGUUUUUGGACUCUGUGGACCAAAUCUUACCUCCAUACCCUCUGGUUGCGCGCGGAUUUAGUGAUAGGAUGCGUAAUGAAUUAUUGGGAUGGCGCCACCUUUGGAGUUU